GUUGAGUCUGCUUCCUCUGGUGUUGAGUCAGCUACUUCCGGUGUUGAGUCAGCUUCCUCUGGUGUUGAGUCAGCUAUAUCCAGUUCUGAGUCCGCUACUUCCGGUGUUGAGUCCGCAACUUCCGGUGUUGAAUCAGUCUCCUCUGGUAUUGAAUCUACGACUACAUUAGCUGGUGAUGGCACGACCAGUACUACCGGUACUGCUUUUGCUUCAUCUAAGGAAACUUCAAUUUCAGGCACCUCCGCUUCAACGUCUAGCGAAACUUCUGCAUCAACCAGUUCUCAAUGUUCUAUCACUCCUCAGUGUACAGAUUUGGAUUUCACCUACCACUCGAAGAUUACUGAUUUCCCUCUAGCUGAUAUAGUGAUCUCCAAUGUUAAAUGGACUGGUGGGAACAAUUACGAUGUUACCAUAAAAUUCACAUCCUCUGAGAAGACAAUGUCAUUGAAUUCUCUGAGCGAGUUGAAGAUCAUUGGUAAUAUUCAGAAGGUUCUAUUUUCGAGAAACUCCAACAUCGCAUUGAUUUCCAACCCGGACAGCUGGGAGACAACUGUGUCGUUAACAUUGGUACCUGAUGCGGAUGGUAACGUGGUUACACCAUCUUUCCAAAUCCAGUACGACUGGUGUACUGCUGGUGUGACUGACCAGAGUGAAUGCGCUAGUUGGACUUAUGCGAGAUCUUAUGACUACAUGACUGGAUGUAAUGAUUACGAUGAGGAUUCGUCUACUUCCAAGACCGAUGCCCCAAGUUACGGAUGGCCAGCCGAAUGCUAUAAUUAUAACAACGGUGGCCGUGAAGAUGGUUCAACUAGUGCGGUAUCACAGGAUAUUACAACCACAGGUGCGGAGUCUACCAACAGUCAGAGUUCUACCAUUUUAUUAUCUCGCGAUCAUACAAGCAGUACCAGCCGUCCUGCUUCUACUGUUACUUCCGGUGUUGAGUCAGCUACUUCUGGUACUGAGUCCGCUUCCUCUGGUGCCGAAUCAGUUUCCUCUGGUAUUGAAUCUACGACUACAUUAGCUGGUGAUGGCACAACCAGUACCACUG